GGGGUGUAAUCUGACCUUCAUAGUGAGGGUAGGGGUGUAAUCUGACCUUCAUAGUGAGGGUAGGGUUGUAAUCUGACCUUCAUGAUGGGAUGGGGGCUCAGUUUUAAUAAACAUAAGGCUUCUGUUCUUGUAGCUGUGGUUUGUGUGCUCGUAGCCUGUUUGGACCAAGGUUCUGAUGUAGUAAUGAAGUGGGUCGGGUUUUUUCGGGGUUAUCUUAUUCUAAAGUCUCUGGUUCUGUUCAGGACUCUGUGUCCCACUCCCUGCUCCGUCCAAUGUGUCCAUCUCCUCCUAUAACAUGAGGCACUUACUCAAGGUUUGGCCUGGCCCACAGAUCCCCCCUGAAGCCCACUUCAUGGUUCAGACCCUUAGCUCCAGGAGGAGCAGGUGGAGGUCUGUGCAGGACUGUUCAGACCUGAAGACCGGACAGACGUGUAAUUUGACAGACCACUUUCUGAACGUGUUUGAUCACUACAGAGCCCGGGUUCGAGCCUUCAUGUCCAACCAGACGUCCAGUUGGACCGUAUCGAGAGAGUUCCAGCCUCUGACUGACAGUCUGUUUGUCUCCACAGCCGUGCUGGGACCUCCAGAGGUGUCCGUGUCCGGCUGUGGGAACUGUUUGGUCCUGCAGGUCCGAGUUCCCACUGAGGAUCUGAUCCAACACAACCCCCAGCUGAAGGACAUCUUCUGGGACCUGGUAGUCCACGUURGGAGGACCAGAGACGGAGCCCAUUUCAGUCUGAAGCUUCCCUACAAACCUGAGAGCAUCAUCUCGUACCUGCAGCCAGGUGUGGAGUACUGCGUCUCCGUCUCCGUCUCGUCCAGAUUAAACAAGAACAGCGUCUCCAGUGUGCAUCAGUGUUCCUACACCAGCCCUCCUCCAGAUGAAUCGUCAAAGGUGGUUGUCCUCUGUCUCUUGWCCGUCUUCAGCGUCGCAGUGUUUCUGCUGCUGGUGGCUCGUAUCUUCAGAACUCAGGUCCAAACCUGCAUCUUUUCUCAGCUGGACAUCAGAUCUCAGUCCUCCACCUGCCUGAUGAAGACCCCUCUGACUCAAGAGACCAGAACCUGAACCCUGAACAGCCCACUCACCUGAGCCCAGAAGAGUCCAUUUACCUGGACUCAGAGGGGUCCUGUCCACCUGAGGUUUUUUAAAUAAACUUCAUGAUUUCA